AUGAUGCAGGAACUCCACGCAUUCGGAGAGUUUGACCCUUCAGCGUUUCCACCCCCGCGCCUAAGCCCCCUACCCUCACCGGUGGAGGUAGAGGAGGCUUUGAACACCGACUACCGAUCAAAACUGGACUUGAGCGGAGAUGAACCUCCAGAAGAGUCAUCCGUUAACGCCUCUGCCGUUAGGCCCAACGCUUCGGAGACCUCGCGACCAGACCUUGCGGCAACUCGCAAAAAUGCAGUCUCGAGCUUUGAGAGGCGCCGGCCUGCACGCGGAACCACAGAUUUUGCUCCAUCGCUGCGCGCCGGGAAGACCGCCAAGGAGAUUGUGGAUUGGUUUGGCUACUCAAAAACGCAAGUUUACGAGAUAGCCAAAACCUAUCGAGAGGCGGACAACAAGGACGACGUUACUUCGGACCGGGCAAGCCACAGUAAGCGAUCUGACCGGAAGCGGACUGGUGAAUUCAUCGAUCAGAUAAAGGAUCGGAUUGACCAGAGUCCUGGAACCAGUAUGACAAAGUUGGCCAAAGAUAUGGGCGUACAUCGUGCAACAGUGAGUCGUGCAGUUCACCAGGAUCUGCAUUAUAAAUCGUAUGUACUACGGAGGCGACAAUUGCUGACGGACGCCAUGAAAGUCAACCGGAAAAUCAAAUGCCAAGCACUGCUAAACGACAUUAAGCACGAGAGCGCCCAUCAUCUUCGGUUCUUCACCGACGAGAAAAACUUUAUUCAGGACAGAAAGGUCAACCGCCAAAACGAUAGGUGGAUUUGCGAGGACGCUUCCGAUGUGCCGACGGUCAUGCAUACGAAGUUCCCUGCGUCGGUUAUGGUUUUGGGCGUCGUCAGCAGUGACGGAGACGUGAUGCCGCCGUAUUUCUUUGAGCAGGGACUCAAAAUCAACGCGGCGGUGUACAUCCACGUGUUAGAGACGGUCGUUAAACCGUGGAUGGACCGUGUGGCCGAUGGACGUGAAUACGUCUUCCAACAGGAUUCUGCGCCAGCCCACAAGGCGAGAGUCACGCAAGCAUGGCUUCAUACCAAUGUUCCUUAUCAUUGGUCGCCGGACUUGUGGCCGCCCUCCAGCCCAGAUUGCAAUCCGCUGGAUUACUACGUGUGGGGCGUAGUAGAGGCAGAGGUGAACAAUGAACCUCAUAACAGAAAGGACGCGCUACGUAAAAAAAUUACGGCGGUAAUGAUCAAUAUGAACAGAGAGGAGCUGGCUCGGGCGUGUAGGCGAUUCAGGUCUCGGCUGGAGCAGGUCGUUGAGGCGAACGGGGAUUAUAUAGAGUAAUAUUAACGUAUGUGGUGAGUACUUUCAUUUUGCCAAGUUGUGUGCAUGUAAAAAAAUUUUUGGGGAUAAUAUAAUUAUUUUUUUCUUUCAGUAAAUUUUUCCGGAUUUACCUGCACGACCCUAAUCACGUAAAUA